AUGAGUCAGGGUGAAGGUUUAGUGAAAAGACGAAAUAUAGCUAGUAAAGAAUAUGUCGAGGGUUCUUGUAAUUCGAGAGAAAAUGAUCAUGAUGACACUAAAGUCGAGGGCAAUGAAGAUGAUGACGGAGAUUCAAAGGAUACUAGAUUGACUUUAAUGGAAGAAGUUUUACUUCUUGGUUUGAAAGAUAAAGAAGGUUAUACUUCUUUUUGGAAUGAUUGUAUUUCAAGUGGGUUGAGAGGAUGUAUAUUGAUUGAACUUGGACUUAGGGGAAGAAUUGAAUUAGAAAAAGCUGGAAUGAGGAGAAAGGGUUUGUUAAAUAGAAAGAUACUAGUCAAAAAUGAUGCAUCAACAGGAGAUGUUUUGUUGGAUGAAGCAUUAAAACAUAUGAAAGAAACUAGCCCACCAGAAACAAUUCAAAGUUGGAUAGAAUACUUAAGUGGUGAAACAUGGAAUCCAUUAAAACUUAGAUAUCAGUUAAAAAAUGUUAGAGAAAGAUUGGCGAAAAAUUUAGUUGAAAAAGGAGUUUUAACGACGGAAAAACAAAAUUUCAUUCUAUUCGACAUGACAGUGCAUCCCGUAACGGAUAACAUAGCUAAAUCUAGAUUGGUUAAAAAAGUUCAAGAAGCUGUUUUAGUGAAGUGGAUAAAUGAUCCUCACAGAAUGGAUAAAAGACUAUUGUCAUUAAUUUGUCUCGCACAUGCUUCGGAUGUUUUAGAAAAUGCUUUCGCACCUUUAAACGAUGAUGAUUAUGAGCUUGCUAUGAAAAGAGUUCGAGAGCUUUUAGAUUUAGAUUUUGAAACUGAAAGUAUGAAACCGAAUACAAACGAAGUUAUUUGGGCUGUUUUUGCAUCCUUCACAAAAUGA